AAAAAAAUUAAACCUGAGCUUCUACAGAAAAAAAGAAACAAAAACAAACAAACAAAAAAACAACACCUAGCCACAGACAGGUAUGUCCAGGUAAGAAUAUGACAUUCCCAUAUGGCAGAGCCAGAAGACAGAGCUGUUGGAAAAGAGAUACCUUUUCAUUGGUAUCUUCUGAUGAAAACCAAAAGAUGGUGGCGAGAGGAAGUAAUGGAAAUCUUUGAGAUCAAGCAAAAAUUGAAGCCCUUUGAGCAACUGAGGAAGAUUACCACCUCCACUAUAGAACCCAAACUACAAAUCUUACCACCAGCUUCCCUGCUGGUGACUUGAUAAGGAUAAAUCCUGUUCUUUUCCACGAUUUAUCACUUAAUCUAUCCAUGUUUAUUUUUCCAUUCUGUAUGUCUGAUCACACAGCAAUAGAGAGAAUCUGCAGGGAGGCAUUCAAAUGUUGAAACUUCUUCAGUGCUACGGCAGGGUGGCAUCAUUAACAUGAAAACUCAUAUUGCAGAAUCAUUCUUCAGUUAUGUCUAUCAGUAGGUCUUGAGUAAUGUGGAACCCAGUAGAUAGGUUGCACUGCUCUGAAGUUUAUUCGUAAUAGCUUUUAAGUGGCUCAUUGAGAUGAGCUAAGGAUGCAGAACUCUGUCUAAGCCUGUUUUGCUGUUAAUAGAAGAUUAGACUCAGCUGAGUUGAAGUUCAGAGCUGCACAGGAGGUAAGCAAGUAAGAACCAAGCUGUCACAAGCCUUCAAUCACUGGCUUAACGUUCCAGAAGAUAAAAUACAGGUUAUCAUUGAAGUGACAGAGAUGUUACACAAUGCAAGCCUACUUGUGGAUGAUAUUGAAGAUAACUCAAAGCUACGACGGGGCUUUCCAGUGGCACACAGUAUCUAUGGAAUUCCAUCUGUAAUCAACUGUGCUAAUUAUGUGUAUUUCCUUGGCUUAGAGAAGGUUUUAACCCUUGAUCACCCAGAUGCUGUUAAAGUUUUUACUCGUCAGCUACUGGAACUCCAUAAAGGUCAAGGCUUGGACAUUUACUGGAGGGAUACUUACACCUGCCCUACAGAAGCUGAAUACAAAGCCAUGGUACUGCAAAAGACAGGUGGUCUCUUUGGAUUAGCUGUAGGCCUCAUGCAGCUCUUCUCAAAUUAUAAGAAAGACUUAAAACCACUUCUUAACACACUCGGUCUCUUCUUCCAAAUAAGAGACGACUAUGCCAACCUGCACUCCAAAGAAUAUAGUGAAAACAAGAGUUUUUGUGAAGACUUAACUGAAGGCAAGUUCUCGUUCCCAACUAUUCACGCAAUUUGGUCAAAACCUGAAAGUACACAGGUGCAAAACAUUUUACGUCAAAGGACAGAAAACAUAGAUAUAAAAAAAUACUGUGUGCAUUACCUCGAAAACGUGGGUUCAUUUGAGUACACUCGAAAUACACUGAAAGAGCUUGAAUCUGAAGCCUAUAAACAAAUCGAAUCACUUGGGGGAAACCCUGAGCUUGUAGCACUAGUGGAACAGCUGAGCAAAAUGUUUAAAGAAAAUGACAAUUAAUUAAUCUCCUGGGGAUGAAUAGAAGCUUUUUUUUUUUUAAACGGGUAAAAGGUUAUCUGAAAGGUGUGACAGUCAGUCUCACUUAAAACUACUAUGUUGCCACAUGGCAGAAAUGUACGUUGAAAAUAAAUCACUGAUUAUGUGACAAUGAUCACUGAGUUCUGCAGUAUACCUUAUAUAUACAGUCUUAAUUGUAACCGCUUGCAGAUGUCUUCAAAACAUAUAUUAGAAUUGAAACAAACUUUGAAUAUGGAUUUUUACACAAACAUUGGCAUUACUUCAGCCCCAGAAAUCUCACAGGCUACAGUUUAUCUUCAACAAAGCUACUGUAAGUUUCUGGCUGAAAUUCUUUAUUAAAUUAAAUCUGAUUGACCCAA